AUGCGGGGUCUGCCUCUCGCCCUGCUACUCGGGCUGCUUGCCCCCGGGGCGCCGCAGGGGGCCGAGACCCCUGGGACGGAGCUGCUCUUCGGCCAGGACUGGGGCUGGCCACCGGGCGGCCCGCGGGACCCCCUGUGCCUGGUGACCCUGGGCAGGGGCAGCCCGGGGGGCGGGGCAGCCCUGCGGGUGGUGGGGGCCCUGAGCGGCUACGAGCGAGCCUUCCUGGAGGCCGUGCAGGGGGCUCGCUGGGGCCCCCGCGACCUUGACACCUUCGGGGUCUGCAGCCCCAGCCCCGCGCAGGCGGCCCUGCCUGCUCUGCGGCGGCUGGCGGCCCGGCUGGGGGAGCCGGGGGCGCCACGGCUGUGGGUCCUACACCUGGAGGAAGUGACCUGGGAGCCCACGCCCUCUCUGAGGUUCCAGGAGCCCCCGCCCGGAGGAGCCCACCCGCUGGAGCUGGCGCUGCUGGUGCUGUACCCCGGGCCCGGCCCCGCGGUCACCGCCACCGGGCCCGGGCUGCCAGGGGCCCAGAGCCUCUGCCCGACCGCGGACACCCGCUACUCGGCGCUGGUGGUGGCCCAGCCGGCGGAGGCGUGGCGCGGCUCUGGGCUCUCGCUGACCCUGCGGCCCCGCGGAGACGGGCCCCCCCUGAGCACCGCCCAGCUGCAGGCCCUGCUGUUCGGCGCAGACCCCCGCAGCUUCACGCGGAAGACCCCGGCCCUGCUGCUGCUGCCGCGGUCCCCCGCACCACUGCCCGCGCACGGCCAGCUGGACACGGUGCCCCUCCCGCCGCCCCGGCCGUCCCCGGCGCCGGAGGAGCCGCUGCCCAGCGCCGACCCCUUCCUGGAGACGCUCACGCGCCUGGUGCGGGUGCUGCGGGGCACCCCGGGGCGCGCCUCCCCGCCGCGCCUCUCCCUGGACCCCGGAGCGCUGGCCGGCUUCCCGCAGGGUCCGGUCAACCUGUCGGACCCCGCGGCGCUGGAGCGCCUGCUGGACGGCGAGGAGCCCCUGCUACUGCUGCUCCCGCCCUCCGCGACCACCGCCGGGGACCCCGCCCAGCCGCAGGGCCCCGCGUCGGCGCCGUGGGCCGAGGGCCUGGCGCGCCGUGUGGCCGCGGAGCUGCAGGCGGCGGCCGCCGAGCUCCGCGGCCUCCCGGGCCUGCCGCCCGCCGCCGCCCCGCUGCUGGCGCGCCUGCUCGAGCUGUGCCCCGGCGACCCCCGGGCCCCGGGCGGCGCCCUGCGCGCUCUGCUGCUGCUGAAGGCCCUGCAGGGCCUGCGCAGCGAGUGGCGCGGGCGGGACGCGCGCGGGGCGGCGCGGGCGCAGCGCAGCGCGGGGGCCGCGGCCGCCGCCGCCGGGCCGUGCGCGCUGCACGAGCUCAGCGUGGACCUGCGCGCCGAGCGCUCGGUGCUCAUCCCCGAGACCUACCAGGCCAACAACUGCCAGGGCGCGUGCGCCUGGCCGCAGUCCGACCGCAACCCGCGCUACGGCAACCAUGUGGUGCUGCUGCUGAAGAUGCAGGCGCGCGGCGCUGCCCUGGCGCGCGCGCCCUGCUGCGUGCCCACCGCCUACGCGGGCAAGCUGCUCAUCAGCCUGUCCGAGGAGCGCAUCAGCGCGCACCACGUGCCCAACAUGGUGGCCACCGAGUGCGGCUGCCGGUGA